GUGCGCACUGACUGGCAGGUGUUUCGAGGGGCAGGAUGGUUCAUCGUGUCGACCCGGUGGCCCCCGUUAGGUUUUAUCAACGGGCUGCGCGUGGGCGACAACCUCCCCGUGCCUCGCACGUGUGGAGGGGGGGGGUGUUUCACCAAAGAGCCCUGGAAGCACGCCAGAGAUUUAGGCAGUGCCAUGUGUGUCUGUUUAAAUGCUUCCAUGUGCGUGUGCGUCUCUGUUACUCCUCUCCGCCGCUUAACGCCGCUCCGGAUUUCUGCGCUCGCCGCCACCGACGGCAGCAGCCUCGGCUCGGGUCCGGCACCCCCCGCAGCCCGACGGAGCUGUUAUCUCCCCCUGUUCUCCCAGCUCUCGUAACGGUUAGGGAAGUAACGACUCAUUCCGGGGGGGGGGGGGGUCAUUAAGCUCUGCCCCUCUUAGUUCGUGGAUGCGAGUCUGAGGUCAGCAGUUUUGGCAGAUUUGGCUGAGAACACUGCUGAUGUGACAGAAACGUAGCUGGUGUAAUUAUUGACAGCUACUCCAUUAGCUCAGGCCACACCACCCCUCCCACACUGCCUGUGGGUAGUGGGGUGUGUAAAAGUAAAUGUGCGUACGUGUGCGUUGAGAGGAUCUCAGAUCAUCUCCCCGAUAGUUCAUUUCCAAUCACAACAUUCUUGAUCUCGAGUCCCGGCGAAGAACAUCACCUGAACGUCGCAGACCCGCGCUGUGCGUGUUUGAAAUCCUGCCACUGGCCUAUCUCCUGGGAAGAAAUGCUCAUUUAAAACCCUGGCUUUAAUCUCUGCCAGGCUACAGUCCGUGAUGAAAGCAGCUGCCUGAGAAUGUAAACUGGACUCGAGAAGAAAUCACACAUUUUUUCCCAAUAUUUACCACCAGAUGUCAGAGUUCUCCUGCUCUUCCGUGUGCAACUCUAAGCCUCAGACAACCAGGGUCAUUAAUCACAGUAAACAAUCUUCCUCACCUUGGAAUCUUUAGCUGACCCCAAAUCAGGUCUCCGAUGGUGGGGCAAGUUGGCGUUCCUCCUGACACCCGCAGACCUGGGAGCUUAUUUAAAGAUGAUUUGCACUUCAGCUUGAUACUUUCUUUUCCGGGGGGUCACACGCAACACCCAGGACUGUCUCAGAGAAGCAUUUAAAGCACCAUGCCCUCUCGAUCUAUAACUAUUGUGUUCUCUGGAAGGAGCACAGAGCUCGACCACAAUGGGAUGAGAAUGAAUGGCACUCAGCUCUCCUCACAGCCCAAACUCCCGCUGGAGGAGGACAGGGAGUCCGGCAUCGGCUCCACCCUUGACCUCAGCAGCAGCUUUGAGGGCUACAACCGACAUACCAAUCACCACACCAGCAAACCUUCACUCAGAAAGGCAGACAGACUCCCCAUAGAGAAAGAUGGCUCUCCUCAGACCACAGCAGUGACUCCGAACAAGAUCAGGCAGCUCCUUAUCAAUCUAUCCAAGAUCCCUCUCCUCUUCAUCCUCCUCUUUUUCUUUGUUUGCUCCUUGGACACUCUGAGCUCUGCCUUCCAGUUAGCAGGGGGUAAAGUGGCAGGGGACAUUUUCCAGGACAAUGCGGUGCUGUCUAACCCUGUGGCAGGGCUGGUGGUGGGGAUCUUGGUUACUGUGCUGGUGCAGAGCUCGUCGACCUCCACCUCUAUUGUCGUCAGUUUGGUGGCCUCUGGAUUGUUAGAAGUGAGGUCAGCUGUUCCAAUCAUUAUGGGCUCCAAUAUUGGGACUUCAGUGACAAACACCAUAGUGGCCAUGAUGCAAGCAGCAGAGAGGACAGAGUUUCAACGUGCCUUCGCUGGGGCAACAAUCCACGACUGCUUCAACUGGCUAUCGGUCCUGGUCCUGCUGCCGCUGGAGGUGGUGAGCGGCCUCAUGUCCUGGCUGUCUCACCUGCUGGUCACCAGCUUCAGGCUCCAGCCCGGGGAAGACGCACCUGAGCUGCUCAAGGUCAUCACCAAGCCAAUCACCAAGCUUAUCAUACAGCUAGACAAAUGUGUGAUCACAGGGAUCGCCAUGGGAAAUGAAGACAUGAGGAACAGGAGCCUGGUGAAAGAGUGGUGCCAGACUGACCUUGUUAUGUCCACAGACAAUGUGAGCACUGAAAACUGUGGCCCCAGUCAUGACUUGUCCCAGCCAGCUGCGAAGUGUAGGCAUUUAUUUGUUUCCACCCCGCUGUCAGACCUCACCGUGGGGCUGAUACUCCUGGCAGCCUCCCUGGCUGUCCUCUGCACCUGUCUGCUGCUUCUGGUCAAGCUGCUCAACUCUCUUCUUAAAGGCCAAGUAGCAAAGGUCAUCCAUAAAGUGAUCAACACAGACCUGCCAUAUCCGUUUAGGUGGCUGGCAGGAUACAUGGCCAUGUUUGUGGGUGCAGGAGUGACAUUUGUGGUCCAGAGUAGCUCUGUCUUUACUUCUGCCAUGACCCCCUUGGUAGGUAUUGGUGUGAUCAGUCUGGAGCGGGCCUAUCCCCUCACCCUCGGGUCCAACAUUGGCACCACUGCCACAGCCCUUCUGGCAGCUCUAGCCAGUCCUGGGAACAAGUUAGCAGCUGCCAUACAGAUUGCUCUGUGUCACCUUUUCUUCAACAUCUUUGGCAUUCUACUGUGGUAUCCUAUUCCCUUCAUGCGUCUGCCGAUAAGGAUGGCUCGUUACCUGGGUGAGCGCACUGCCAAGUACCGUUGGUUUGCAGUAUUGUACCUUCUCCUUUGCUUCUUACUCCUUCCCUCGGUGGUGUUGGGCCUCUCACUGGCUGGCUGGCGUGUGAUGGCUGGUGUUGGGGCUCCUUUCCUGGGCGUGACCAUCUUUAUUGGCAUGGUAAACUUGUUGCAGGCCCGCAGCCCCCGUCACCUGCCUGUGAAGCUCCAGAAUUGGGACUUCCUGCCCCAGUGGAUGCACUCUCUCAAACCAUUCGACCACCUGAUCACCAAGGCAACUGUCUGCUGUAGCUCGACAUGCGGGGAGGGGCAGGGAGGGGAAGAAAAGGAGCAUAUCUCGACACAGACGACCUCGGUCAACCCAAAGAGAGAGUCCGCCCAGAGGAAGACACAGCUGGCAUAUGACAACCCAGUCCUGGACUACCUGGAUGAGAGCAGACCAGGUGUACGGGUUCUUAAAUUAAAAGGGCUAGAGAGGUGCAACAGCACACCGCUGUAGUUGGACUGAUAACAGAUGCCUUUUUUAUACUCUAUUUUGUCAAUAUUGCUGGAAAAUAGGAUUGAGAAAAACCAUUUUAUAAUGCUUCGGAAAUAAACCUAUUUCUAAUUAUUGAUUGACUGAUAGCCUCCCAAAGCCAGGCUAAGUGUCAUUACCUUGGUACGAGAUUUUAGUUCAGAAAACAGCAGCUGAGAAUCGACUGAGCUCUGCAGCUGAAAGCCAGGCCAGUCAUAUAUGGGCAAUGGUUCACAUAUUGAUGUGACUUGCCCUCUCUCAAAACUCAUUAAGUAAUUGUUCUGGAGCAUUUUGUCAUAUCACAUGGUCUUCAUUAGCAGAUAGAGUUUGUCCAGUUGUCACAGAGGUGUAGAUGUUGACAUUUCCAUUUUUACUGAGCACUUUAAGGACUUGUCGUCCAUGUUCGACUUUCGUCCAUCUGAUGAAGCUCAUAUGAUCAAAAGCCCCAGAAAAGCUACUAAAUGGACCUUAAAGUGAUUUUUUUUGUCAACUGUUGUUCUCAAGGUCAAAAAAUUUACUUGAUGAACAUGUAACACAUAAA